UAAUGAGCAAAUCACAAUAGAAGCGCAUGGUGCACUAACAUCAGGAUGAAGUUCUUCGCUGCACAGUGUCAGCAGGCCUCUUCUGUGCUCCACUGAGGAUACGCACACCCUUGCUUCCGCAAAGCACUUAACGUCGGCAUCACUGGGGUGCCCUGAAACUCUUUGUUCUUGUCUAUUUCAUAUCUGUCACCCAUCUCUGGGGCGCCACUCACCCCAGCUGAAGCAUGUCAUCAGUGGGCAUGGAACGAUCCCGGCGGGAGGCCGCUCGCUCCUGCAGGCGCCGCAUAUCUGACACUUGCCUGGUGUGGCUUUUGGGCUUGGCACUGCGCUUGGCGCUGUCUUCCUGCCAGCGGGCAGACCUCACCGCCGCCAAGCACCCUAUGGUCACCACAGGCUAUGGGAAGCUUCGGGGUGUACGCAAGGAGCUGAACAAUGAGAUUCUGGGUCCGGUCGAGCAGUACUUGGGCGUCCCUUAUGCCACCCCGCCAGUAGGCGAGAGGCGCUUCCAGCCCCCGGAGGCACCAGGCUCCUGGCAGGAGAUCCGUAACGCUACCCAGUUCGCACCAGUGUGCCCGCAGAACAUCCACGGGGUGCUGCCAGAGAUCAUGCUUCCCGUAUGGUUCACCGACAACCUGGAUGCUGCUGCGGCUUAUGUACAAAACCAGAGCGAGGACUGCCUUUACCUCAACGUCUAUGUUCCCACAGAGGACGGUCCACUCACAAAAAAACACGAUGAGUCUUCGAUGAACAGACCGAGGGACGAAGAUAUAAGAGAUCGUCGGAAGAAGCCUGUGAUGUUGUUUAUCCAUGGUGGUUCAUACAUGGAGGGAACGGGAAACAUGUUUGAUGCAAGUGUUCUUGCUGCCUAUGGAAACGUGAUUGUCGUCACUAUGAACUACAGGUUGGGCGUUCUGGGCUUUCUGAGCACUGGAGAUCUGUCUGCGAAGGGGAAUUAUGGGCUACUGGACCAGAUUCAGGCUCUGCGAUGGCUCAACGAGAACAUCGGACACUUCGGGGGAGACCCAGAGAGAAUCACCAUAUUUGGCUCCGGGGCUGGAGCCUCAUGCGUCAACCUUCUCAUCCUGUCCCAUCAUUCUGAAGGUUUGUUCCAGAGGGCCAUUGCUCAGAGUGGCUCCGCCAUAUCCAGCUGGUCAGUGAACUACCGGCCCCUGAUGUACACCAAGAUCCUGGCCAAGAAGGUGGGCUGCAGCUACGGCAACACUGCAGAUCUGGUGGACUGUCUGCGAAGGAAGAGCUUCAGGGAGCUGGUGGAUCAGGAUAUCCAACCUGCCCGCUACCACAUUGCAUUCGGACCAGUGGUGGACGGUGAUGUGGUACCCGAUGACCCUGAGAUCCUCAUGCAGCAGGGGGAGUUCCUGAACUACGACAUCUUGUUGGGGGUGAACCAGGGUGAAGGGCUGAAAUUUGUAGAUGACAGUGAGGGUGAGGAUGGUAUUUCAGCUGCUUCCUUUGACUACACCAUAUCAAAUUUUGUGGACAACCUCUAUGGAUACCCAGAUGGUAAAGACAUACUGCGGGAGACCAUAAAGUUCAUGUACACAGAUUGGGCUGACCGCGAUAACAGUGACAUGCGGCGUAAAACACUACUUGCACUUUUUACUGACCACCAGUGGGUGGCACCAGCAGUGGCUACAGCUAAGCUGCAUGCUGAGUUCCAGUCCCCUGUUUAUUUUUAUACCUUCCACCACCACUGCCAGACGGAAGCACGACCCGAGUGGGCAGACGCAGCACAUGGCGACGAGAUCCCAUAUGUGUUUGGUGUUCCCAUGGUGGGUGCCACAGAUCUAUUUCCCUGCAACUUUUCCAAGAACGAUGUCAUGCUCAGUGCUGUGGUGAUGACAUACUGGACUAACUUCGCCAAGACGGGUGAUCCGAACGUUCCAGUACCGCAGGAUACCAAGUUCAUCCAUACUAAGCCCAAUCGCUUCGAGGAAGUAAUCUGGACCAAAUUUAGCUCUAAAGACAAGCAGUACCUCCAUAUCGGGUUGAAGCCUCGCAUCCGGGAUAAUUACCGUGCCAACAAAGUUGCCUUCUGGCUUGAGUUGGUUCCUCACCUCCACACCCUUCAUGAGGAGAUCAUCAGCUCCAUAACCACGCGACUGCCACCGGGCAUCCCGCACCGGCCCGGUCGGAAGGGUACAGUCCAGAGCCCUGGCACACGCUCUACUCGCCACCCCACGGUCUCAACCUACCCACCCGACCCGGACCUCGAAGGUUCUGAACACCCUCCUGAACGAUUCCCAUUCCCGAGCGACACAAGGGACUAUUCGACGGAGCUGAGCGUGACAGUAGCAGUGGGUGCGUCGCUGCUCUUCCUCAACGUGCUGGCGUUUGUCGCGUUGUACUAUAAACGCGACAAGCGGCAUGAGCUGCUGCAGCGCCGCCAUCGCCGCCUCUCACCUCAACGUGGGACAGGGCCAGGCAUUGGCAUUGUGGGGGCUCCACCCCAUAACGACCUGGCAUUGAGCCAAGAGGAGGAGCUAAUGUCCUUGCAGAUGAAGCAGCAAAGGGUGGAACUUGACCAUGGCACGCCUCUUCCACAGCGUGGCCUCCAUGGCGACCUCGAGCCUCUAAGACCACCUGUGUGCCCACCGGACUACACUCUGGCGCUACGGCGGGCACCUGAGGACGUGCCCCUUAUGACAACUAACACCCUUUCUAUGAUCCCCAGCACCAUCACUGGCAUGCAGUCCCUCCAUGCCUUCAACACUUACCCCCCUGCACCGGCACCAAGUGCUGGGCACAGCAACAACGCCCUGCCCCACCAGCACUCUACCACACGAGUAUAGUAACCCCUCUAAGGGGAGCAGGCCCCCAAACACAUAGGAACACAGACCUCCGGUACUAAGAGUGGUGCUCUACACGAAUACUGUCCAACACACCACUCCUGUCCUUUUAAAGCCCAGUCCCAGCACACUCUCUUUCUCUCUCGUUCUUUCUUGUUUUACUCUUCCUGCUCCUCUCAUUCUUGGAGAAGGUUUUGGGUAGAGAAGUGUUGGCCAUUUUCCCUGCUCAAUACAGCAGCUAUCCCCUCCCAUUUAGUUUUUCCUCUACUUUUCCCCCUUAAGUUCCAUUGCCACCUUUCCCUUUUUCUUUCUUUUCUUCUCCCCAACAGUCUUUUGCUCUGCUGUAGCUGUUUCUAGUCCCCAAAAAGAACAGUUUUUCUUACUUUGGACUGUUUUAUAAAUCAAGAAAAUAUAAGUGUAAAAUAUGUAUUAUUGAUAACCUUAUAAGGCUAUGAAUGAUAAAAGAUUCUACUAUCUAAUUUUUACCAGCAUUCUUGUGCCAAGUACUGUGAUCAUUGUCCAUUCAGACGCAGUCUAGUGGACAGACGUGGAGAGAAUCACCUGAACUGGAUUUAUUGAAGGAUUUUGCAGAAUUGAGGAAAAAAAAGGUGCCAAAUUUGUUUUCCUUUCCUUUGGUCUCUCUCUAAUUUUUGUGCUUUGUUUUGCACUGUCACUGUUAAAUUGCCUAUGGAGAGAAAUUAACAACACUACAAAAAUCUAUAUAAAAAGAUUAAUUAAAUUUAUUAAUUAAAUUUAAUAGAUUAAUUCAAUUUAUAUCUUGAUUGCACUUUGGGAAAAUUGCAUGAUUUAUUUUUUAAGAAGAAAAUGGACAUUCGGGAUUCAAGACUUUGUCUUUUUAUUGUCUUUUUCUGCAACAGUUUUCUCUCUCUUGCUCUCUCUCUUCUCUCUCUCUCUCUCUCUUACUCUUCUCUCUCUCACUUUCUUUUCUUUUUUUUUACAUCAGCUGUAUUUUGUGCAGUUCAUUUGGAGAUUUUUUCCCUCUGUAGAUACAUGGUCAUAUCCAGAAAUGAAACUAAUUCUUGAUGAUAAUAAAGAGGAUAAAUAGUUCCCUUUUAUUUCCAUUUAUAAUUACGGAAGCUGUAUGACAAAAUUCAUCUCCUGAAGAAGGACUGAUCAGAUCCACGAUCCCCUCCUCUCUUUUUUAUCCCUUUUCUCUCUCCACUCAAAUAGUCCUGAGUAGUAACCCACGCAUUAUGCCACAUUGAGUUGAGGAACGUUCACUGUGUCGCUCUCUCUUCUCAUUUCUCCAUAAAGACUCAAACUCUGUACGUCCAGAGUGACGGGAUCAAAACCUGCGCCCGUUCCCGCACAGCUGGAGUCUCUCCAUCUCUCUCUUUUUUCCAGAGCCCAAGAGAGCUCAUGACAUGUCCAGAACAUUCUUCCCCCUCACUGACACUGACCUUUGGGUGAUAAUCUCAGUUUGAGCUCACUUGUCACCAGGUGGACAUCUUGUUAUAUGCCCUGUCACAAGUCCCUGUAGGACCUUCUGAUUCAACCUUGCAAAGUUUUUUUUUUUCCGAAAUCUCUCUUUCAGGGUGCCAAGAAUGAUCUGGCCGAGAGGAAGCAGGAGAUGGGCAAUUUGCUUUCAUGUGUGCGCAUGUAAGUGUGAGUGUAUGAGGAACAGCACAAAUGUGGCCUCUAUAUGAGCUCUGGAUACUGACUCUGGUAGCUUUGUGCAUCAGGUUUGAGCCAUGGUGGCGGUCAGAAACUAAACACAGCCUGAAGAGGCGUACUGCAUUACAGCGGACGAGGCAUCACCCCUCAUGCCACUUAAAUAUACAUUUCCGAUCCAUAAUGCAAGCAACUGUGCAUACUGAUCUCAUCUCCAUCCAUUUUUUCUGUUCUCUCGUCGUCUUGUUUUUGGAGUUUCUUGUCGGUGGGUGGAUGGAAUACACACAAGACCACUUUAUAUGUCAUGUCAUGAUGAAAAACAAAAGAUGCAAAACUGUACAUUUUUAUAAGUGUAUGAGGUGACAUGGUCUUUGUAAAUAUUUUGUUUAUUGUUGGGUUCACGGCCGAUCAUAUCCACUGUAUAAACAGGUGCAAGCUCAUUCAUCCAAUCAUAUCCCUCCAGCCACGAUUCUGAAGACCCCUUAUUUGAUUUUCAUUUAAAGGUUUACAGAUACUAAAGCUUAUUUUCAACAAAAGACAUCAAAUCGUAAUGAAUGUUGAGGGAAGCGGAAACGAACUGAAUUCCACAUUAGAGAAUAUAUUGAGUCAAGAAUGAGCGUACUUGAUGAGAGUAAUUGCAUUUGGAAUUCAAAUUUGCUGCGAGACCCGACAAUGCGGUGGACAAUAGAGUCACUGGCUGCAUGCACUGGCUGAUUCGGUUUCGUUUGAAAAACAGAGGGUGGAACCGAUCAGGGCCUAAUCAGAAUAUUUUAUUGCAGAGAGUUAAAUGAGAACGUUUAUUUGGAGAAGCUCGUUUUAUUUCCUUGUAUGAGGCUGUAGGAUGUAAAUCGCUUGAGUCAGCCCUAUUUUUUUUUUUUUCGGAGAGGCCUGCUGUUUGAGUCAUUCUCCUGGGUGUUCUCCGUUACGCUUCAGUGGACUAAAUGACACUGUGGGGUGUUUGUUUUCUCCUACCUGGUUGUAAGUUCUUAGAAAUUUAAUGUUACCUAAACCAUUGGAGAUUUGUUGAAGCGGGGGUGGGAUUCCGCAGAGUUCUGGCUUAUCUCUUUAUUGUGAAUUCGAGCUGCAUAUAUUUCAGAGUAGAGAAUUUAAACAGUUCAUAUUUUUCUACUAAACAGAGAGAGAUGAUUCUACCGGCAGCCGACGGACAUAAAAAGCACACUCUCACCAGGCAUGGUGAUACUUUUUGUCUGGGUUGCCUAUGUAUUAUAGAGGAUUUAAAGAAGAAGAAGAAAAAUACUGAGAAACAAUUGUUGAGGAUCAAUGCUUGGUCGCCAAAAAAAAAAAAAAAAAGACUUGCACCUGUUGAGUUUCAUUUUGUUGAAUUUCGGCAACAUACAAAAGACUUAAGAUGAGGGGACUGUAUGACCACAAUGGGUCUAAAGAAUGAAAUUCAUAUUUCUAUUUCCUAUACAGGCUACUACACACUGUAUGUUGUGUAUCUGAACUGGACAACAUUAAAAGAGGUUAUUAAACAUA